UUARRGAUUUUUGAAGCUUCUGAAAUUGUAAAAUUUCAAUAAUGGAUUAUAAAAGGACAACCUGUCUCRCCACUGGCGUUUCUUCGUGCUUGGCUUCCUUCAUGAUAACAGUUCCAAACCUUCUUCUACUUCUUGUCAUCAUAAAGAACCCGCUAAAACUUCUACGAAAACCUUGCACGAGUUUCAUCGCGGGACUWGCUUUUGUWGACCUUCUCACAGGUACCGUAGGAUCCACAACGUUUGCCUACCACGAACUAGGACGGUGUUUUGCACAGGGUGUUUUCAAGCGGCCUUUUUUCAGAGAUAAUGUCUCCAUGUCAGUUUUGUUUGUAACUGUCAAUUGUUCGAUUCUUAUAGGGACGGCUUUGUCCGUGGAAAGACUCUUUGCUGUAGUUUGGCCUCAUUUUUUUCRUGCUUCAAUCACUAUUAAGAAGACUUGUGCGUGCACCAUAAUCAUAUUCUGUGUUUCAACAGCGUUUAUCCUCAUCCCGUCUGAAGCCUUGCCACCUGGUCUAUUCGAACUGGUAGAUAUGGUUGUAAACAUGAUCCUUCCAUUUGUCAUCAUCGUUCUGAGCUACAUMAUUAUUUACUGCAAACUAAGGCAGCAAAAAAGAGCAACWUUUCCACGUGAAUCAASCAAUGGAGAAUUUCAAAGAGGCCGCGCGGUUCCAGAUAGAAAUAUGGCGAUUCAGAAAAAACUUUCAGUGACAUCUUUCUUCAUUGUGSUUUCUCUUGGGCUGUCAAUGCUUCCUUACAUCAUACUAACAGCUAUUGAAGGCGAAUGUGCAAAUUGUGUCGCAAAGCCGUGGUUUUUUGUGGCAUGGCGUACUUCAGUACCUCUUGUCAUGUGUAGCGCAAUUUUGAAUCCAAUAAUUUGCUACACCAGGCUGCGGAGCUACAAUASAUCGAUAAAAGCGAUGCUCAGACUACCUGUGGUGGAAGAACAGAUGGCACCAUCGAUGACGAGUGGAAUGGAGACGAAWCUGUGAUGUCAUCAUAAUGAACGCGGUGUUUGAAAACACUUAUGAUAAAUGACCUGUAUACACCCUUUUAAUAAGUCCCGAGGUAUUGUGUUCUCCGUACUU